UACGGAGCUUAAUAUGUUUUUUUUUUGAGAAAAGUGUCGUUGGAAAAAAAAAUAAUUUUUUUGUAUGCUACUGCAAUGGAGGAUAAAUGUUUAUUACUGCAUUGUGCAAUGCAGAGAAAAAGUAAUAGACGAGAAAGAAAAAAAAGAUGUUAUUAUUUUUUAAUUGAAUCUUAUCAGUGCUAUUAAUAAUAUGGAUGGAGUUUAUUUUUAAACUAAAAUUAAGUGAGUGUCAAUAUGCAGGAAAAUACGUUCCCAGCAGCUGAAAAAAUACUUUCUGAUAUUGAGAAUGUUAUUAAAAAAGAUACGAACCUUCAAAGUUUCGAAAUAAUCCUAGAAGACGACAAUGAAAACAAAUCUCCAGUUUAUCACGAAGAAAACUCCCUGGGUCUGGCAUCUUGGUGCAUUCAGCCACUCUACUGCUACACAUACAACCGUCUCAUUGAAUCACGAAACAAUAAAUUCCGACGGGAAGAUCCAGGAACAACUUCCCGAUGGUUACUGGGUGCGAUUCUUCUCAACCCUGAUGUAAAUACUUUUUGGAACAUGAGACGUGAACUAGUCCGCAAUGGUCGCGUUGAUGCGAUACAAGAGUUGCGAUUAAUAAAAAUAGUUCUCUUUCACAAAGCGAAAUGUUUCGAGGCAUUUUCUUAUCGGCGAUGGAUUAUCCAAUAUAUUUUAACAGAAAACAGACAUUUAGAUGACAUCGGUUUGUUAUUACAAACAGAAAUAAAUGUCGCUGUGAUGUCAGCUGAUCGAUAUGCGAACAAUUAUCAUGCCUGGAGUUAUCGGCAGCAUGUAGUGUCGAUGUAUGAGGCCUUAGUAUCAACGAAUUUUCAUCAGUUUAUUAUUUCUGAAUGGGAAUCUUCGGAAAAUUGGUGCAGUCUUCAUGUAUCUGACCACAGUGGGUUGUCUUAUAGACAAUUUCUGCUAAAAAAAUUACUCAUCAAAUCGCAAAUACUUGAAUCUGAUGAUACUUUGACGUCAGAAUUUGUUAAUAAACGGCGUAAAAUAAUUUAUGAGUACGUUAAAAAAUAUAAUAAUGCACAAGAUUGUAAAGACAUCAGUUGCUUGAACAAUGGAGGAUACUGCGAAAUACUAAAUGCUCUUCAUGGUGACUGUAAAAGUAAAAAAGCAGACAUUGAUUAUGAGCGAGUGCUGAUAGCUUUGUCUUACUGGGUGGAAGAUUGUAUUUUAAAUCAAGACCUUAUUAAAUGUUUUCCUGGUCAUGAGGCCCUUUGGUAUCACCGAAGAUUCCUGGGGCACGCACUCAGAUGUAUUAAACUCUCGUACUCAAAGUAUUCAUGUUACAAGGCUGAGUUUUUAGAAUCUCCGCAUUGUAUUAGAGUUGAUAAUAAUGAUCAACGGUCAAGUGAUAAGGAUUCUCAUAAUUUACUUGAGAUUGCUUUUACUAAUAAUAAUAUAGACAUAAUUGAAUUUUCAAAACAUCAAGGUAGCUAUCAAAGUCAUAUUGCAGAUAAAUUUAUCAAAUUUUUAGAUACUUUACAAUUUAAAUAAUUUUAUUUUAUUUACAGUCGACUACCCGUCGUAAGCCUGGUCUAGGGGACGUAGGGAAAUUUUUAUUGAAAUUUCAGUCUCUCCACUACCAGGCGUUUAGUUUUGUUCUCGACUACUCGUUAUAAGCCUGUUUUAUUUACUAUCAUUCUAAAUGUCAUAUUUACGUUUUGUUACAUACGUCAGUAUCCCGAUUUUUCUAGUGCUUAUGGCGCUAAAAUAAAUACUUAUCUUUUUACACUAAUAAUAAUUUUAAUGGAAAAAAUUAUAAUGACAACGGUAUUAAUUACAGUAAUAAUAAUAAUAAUUGUUAUUGAUCAACAUAAUGCUCAAUAAAACUUUUAAAUUGUAACAGAAGCUUUAAUUGUAAUUAAUCAUUACAAUUAUCAACAAUAAAUAAUAUUUAACUUAAUAUUUAUUAAAUUAUUAUCCGCGAAAGAUCGAUAGUAAAUUUUUAUCAUUAAUUUUGAUAUUUUGUUCCUAUUGUUAGUUUAUAAUUUAGAGAAUUUUAACGGAGGCUUAUAACGGGAUGUCUGGUACGAAACUCAAAAAAGUGGUUAAGUGGGAAGCUGUUUGGACUCAGUAUCUGCCGAUUGAGGGGAAGAGGCUUUUAACGGGCAGGCUUAUGACGGGUAGUCGACUGUAUAUAGAAAUCAAAAAUAAUUGUCUAACUACACAAAAUACUUUUAAAGUAUAUUUUAGAUUAUGAAUAAAUGUAUUUUUAAAUAAAGUGAUAGUUUAUGU